AUGGCCAGGAACGUGGCAGAGAAUUCUUACUGCAGGGGCUGUGCCCCUGCUCCUGGGACCUUGUGGGGUGAAUUGUGUAACCUUUCUUGUACCUCAGGAGCUGAAUGCUUCCCGGCCUGUGACCCUAAAAAUGGAUUCUGCGCUGGUGACGUUUGCAGGUGCCAGCCUGGCUGGCAGGGCGACCUGUGUGACCAGUGCGUGCCCUUUUCUGGCUGUGUUAACGGACACUGCGAAGAACCUGGGGAGUGCAUCUGUGAGGAUGGCUGGGAUGGCAAACUCUGCAACAUAGACGUCCGGGCUUGCAUCUCGACCCCCUGCGCCAACAAUGGGACCUGCAUGGACCUUGGAAGUGGCCACUACGAAUGCGCCUGUGUCCCUGGGUACUCGGGGAAGGACUGCCAGAAGAAGGACGGGCCCUGCGUGAUCAAUGGUUCCCCCUGUCAGCACGGAGGCACCUGUGUGGACGAUGAGGGCUGGGCCUUCCAUGCCUCCUGCCUGUGCCCCCCUGGCUUCUCAGGCAAUUUCUGCGAGAUCGUGGCCAACAGCUGCACCCCGAACCCAUGCGAGAACGAUGGCAUGUGCACCGACAUCGGGGGUGACUUCCGCUGCCGCUGCCCAGCCGGCUUCAUCGACAAGACUUGCAGCCGUCCGGUGACCAGCUGCACCAGCAGCCCGUGCCUGAAUGGGGGCACCUGCCUGCAGCACACCCAGGUGAGCUACAAGUGUCUGUGCAAGCCCCCGUUCACAGGCCCCACCUGCGCCAAGAAGCGCGAGGCGGGCACCCUGCACGUGCCCAGGGGCUAUGGCCUGUCCUACCGCGUGACCCCCGGGGUGCACGAGCUGCCGCUGCCGCAGCCCGAGCACCGCAUCCUGAAGGUGUCCAUGAAGCAGCUCAACAAGAGCACCCCUCUCCUCACCGAGGGCCAGGCCAUCUGCUUCACCAUUCUGGGCAUGCUCGCUGGCCUGGUGGUGCUGGGCACGGUGAUCAUCAUCUUCAUCAACAAGUGCGAGACCUGGGUGUCCAACCUGCGCUACAACAGCACUCUGCGCCAGAAGAAAAACCUGCUGCUGCAGUACCACAAUGGGGAAGACAUGGCGGUGAGCGUCAUCUUCCCGGAGAAGGUCGACGUGACCACCUUCCACAGGGAGGUGGGCGAGGAGGAGGUCUGAGCAGCAUUCCCACGGGCCCCGCGCUGUUCUCGGGGUUCCGCAGAGCUCAGUAUAUGCGGUCUGUGCUCAUCUUUGUGGUGGAAUUUGCUGUCUUUUGUGCUGAAUCUGGUGAACGCUACGCUUACAUAUAUUGUCUUUGUGUUGCCGUGUGACAAACAGAAUGCUAAACAGAUCCUCCUUACUCUAUUAAUGCAUGCUUACAAAUAAUAAGAAUAAUAAGAAUUUCAUCUCUAAACAAGUAAAAGAUAUAAGUAUGUUAUUCUAAACUCUUAAGAUCAAAAAAUAUCAAAAAGACCAAAAAAAAACAAGGCAACAGAACCAGGACCCAGUGCUGACACCCCUGACCCAGGGGUCUCAAACACGGGGCCCUUGUCCAACCAUUACAAGUUCCAUGCAUGACCACUCACUGUGAAAAGCUAAAUCUCUUUCAUUCGUUAAUUCUCACCUGUCACAUCCGACUCGCACUCACAUCCAGCUCCACCGCAACCUGUUACAGCUUUCUGAUUGAUCGGUUUGAGAUUUCAGAGUGCAGUGGUUUGUUUCAGGCAGAGAGAGCCCGGGUUGGCUGCUGGGGGUUGGGACCCUGUCCCAGCCCUGCCAGUAACUCGCUGUGUAAUCCUUGCCGAGUCUCCAUCCCAGUCCUGGGCCCACUGUCUCCCCUCUCGGAGGAGCGGUUUGAACUCUCACCAUCGAGGUCCUCUCUGACUCUAAGAUUCAGAAUUAGGAACGAGGCAUAGCUACCAAAAUGUGUCCUGACCCCGAGCAUAGGGCCUGACCAAGUCCAGGUACCACCCUGGGAUCCCAAAGGUUUUGGCCUAUCCUGGAUGUUCACUUGAUGUUGGGGUUGGUCCCGGCUGCUUUUCUCAAAGCGGGAGCCUCCUGGCUCACUUCCCACGUGGGAGAAGUUGGCCCUUUUGAGUCAUAAUGUGCCACCUGGAGCUGCCAUGUAGGCAGCCAGCCCCCCACUCCUACCUUGGGCCUGCCUGGCCCCUCUCCCCACAGUGGAGCCCCUACCAGUAGACUAGAGAUGUCUCUGAGAUUUAAGUGCGCCUUGACCGUAAGUGCCCGUGGCCGAAUCUGAGUAGCAACACCACCCUCACUGAGGUUUUCACAGACUGCAGUGGAAAUGGCCGCUUGUGGGGCAUUUUCUUGCUCUGUGGCUACAGUGGUUCGAGCCCUGGACUGCACAGCCAGGGUUUGCGUUUGUGUUGCAAAGAAUUCUCAGAUCCUGUAAGACCUAGCCAGCUUCUGAAUUAUGAAUUGGACUUUUUUUUUUUUUUUUUACAAGAGCAAUCUAUCUUUUUUGCAAAAACAGAGAGAAAUGGGACAGAGCUCUGUGUAGCUUUCUAACUCCUUUUAGGAUCGGCCAGCUACGCAGCCCUUGGGUACCAGUUAGAUAUAUUUUGCUUCUUAAAUUUUUUGGAUGAGAGUCUAUAUUCUUAGCUUUAUUGAGUAUAGUGCCAUGUUUACCUUGCUGCAAGCCAUGGGUCACUUCAUUACAGUCAUCACAUCUCAGUCACAGCACUCAUGACCUCGCGGUCACUCAUGGAUCAUGCGCCACCGUCAUCACAAGGCCAUUGACAGAUCACCCCCUUCCCCCUUCCGAUCCCCAAGUCCGCUGUCCUCCCGCCUCAGAGCCCGCCCCACUCUCCCCACGGUCCCCGCCCAACCCCACGCCCCUGGCUCCCCGUGCUGGUUUGCACCAGCCCCUCCCCGCUUCACCCAGCCCUCCCUUAAACUCCAAUCUCCUGCCCCCUCCGUCCUGCCUGCUGCUGGGGGCUCCGCCCCCUCCCAGUUCCGCCGCCGCCCGCCAGGGGCCCCUCUUCUCUGCCCCCUUUCCCCGACCCAACUCCCAACCCCGUCUCUGGUGACCCUCCCCCCAACCAAGUCACCAUGCCAUCUCAUUUUUGAGUUUGUUUUAAGAAACAAAAAAUUAAAAAGACAAAAAAAAAAGAAUAGUUGGCUGUGCCCGGCGGUCGUCUGGUACGCCGCCGGGCCGCUCUCAGCGUGGGGCGUUGAUCGAGCGCUAACGAUUCUGGUCCUCGGUUUCCCCGAUGUACAAUUUGACAAUUGGAUGCACCCAUCCGGUUCUUCAUGUUUUCUUUGUGAUCUUCACGUGGCAGAGAUUAGCCGGUCACAGGCCCGGCCACCGUCCGUGAGGACUGGCUCCUCCUUUCACCGCCUCAUUCUCCACCUCCAUCGAUCAGGGAGCAUUUCCAGGCACCUGCCCUGCGCGCUCGCGAGGCAGAGUGCAGGGAGCUGCAGGACGUGCAGACCGAGGGGGACAGUCUGGGAGGGGCGGGGGCGCACAGGUGUCCCGGAGCCAAGCGCAGUGCAGGUAAAAUGCCGUGGGAGUGGAGAGUCCUGAGCAGACGUCUCCCUUUGAAUGCCACCACCCUUCCCACGUGACGAAAGAUCUCUAGCCAGCACACGAUGAGGCCGCCCCCUCAAAUUUCACAGAGCCCACCCCAGUGCCGCAGGAGCAGCGCUAGCGUCUCGCCUCUGUCUCCACGUCAUGCAGAAAUGGUCCACUCCAUACUCAGUGGGCAGCCAUAUCUGCUGAGAGUGUCGGGAUCUGACUGCCCGGGCGCCCCUGGCCCCGGUGUGGUAUGCAGUUUACGAGGGAGAAGCUAAAGGAAAGCUGAAACACAUUCUCUAUUCGGACCCAAAUUCUGAGAGGGGAGGAGUACUGAUGAUUUGUAACCAAAAUGUUCACAAAGAGAUGCCUUUGGUGAUCUUUUGAGCUUUUCCGGCCUACUAAAAGUCCAGACAAUGCAAAAAACCUUGU